GUUGUAUAUGAAAAAAGUUAAGAGGUUGUGUCGAUGAAAUAGAAAUAGAAAUAGAAAUAGAAUAUAGAGUUCAUUUCCAAAAUCACUUUGUCAAUAUUUGUGGUCUAAGGAUAACAGAAGUAGUGGAGAGGGUGGUGAGCGCGGCAAAGCAGAAAUGUUGCCUCUGACCCAAGCUCCGGCCGGAGUUCUACCGGCGAGAAGGUUCUCACUCUCCACAAUUCCCUCUCUCAAAUUCUCUAACCCUAAUCCUUUUCGACGCUCUAAAUUUAUUCCAAGAAGAAAUCCUACCAAACCCCUUAAUAUCACUCUUUCCAAAGCCGAAGGAACCGUCGAUUCCACCAAACAGGCUCUCUCCAACUCUCCUACUCCGCCUCCUUUCCCCACUGACCAAACUGUCUUCGUCGGCGAUGAGAAUGUUCCUUUGGAAGGUGUAAUUCAGUUCGAUAAGCCCAAUACGUCUUCUCGUUUGAGCAAAUGGGGCCGCGUAGCUCUCCUCGCUGGUGGAGAUGUAUUGGCCUUGCUUUUGUUCUCCUCAAUUGGAAGAUUCAGCCAUGGAUUACCUGUUUUUGAUUUCGAGACAUUGCGCACGGCUGACCCUUUUAUUGCUGGUUGGUUUCUAAGUGCUUACUUUCUCGGAGGUUAUGGAGACGAUGGUCGUGGUAUAAAUGGCUAUUCCAAAGCUGUUAUUGCCGCUUCUAAAUCAUGGGCUUUGGGAAUUCCACUAGGCCUACUUGUUCGGGCUGCAACAUCCGGCCGUCUUCCGCCUUAUACUUUCAUAGGAGUAACGAUGGGAAGCACGGCUGUUUUGCUCAUUGGAUGGAGAGCAAUUCUGUAUAAAGUUUUUCCAGUCAGUAACGGCAAGAAGAAUGAUGUAUAUCGCCGUGGCAACCCAUUUGAACUAUUUGAGUUGUUGACAUCAUUGGUGAGAAGAUGGUGAUGAUGGACAAACAUCCCCCAUUUGCCUGUAUCAUAGUUUGUGAUUUAAAGGGACCUUAUAAACUAACUGGUAAGAGUCCUAGAAUGAAGAAGAAAAUAGCCAAGAAACUUUGAAGAUAUAGCAGUGGAAAACUUUUUUCUGGACCAAGCCUUUUGUUGGACUACUGGUGAAUAUUAUUUUGGAUCACCUGUGAGAGUGACUUGUAAAUUUUAAGAUGAUUGGCCAAUCUUUCUCAAUGUAAUGUUAUUGUGACAAGACAACUCCUUGUUUGGGUUUUAGAUUGUGACAAAUAUCUUCAUCA